GUAAUGCAAUGCAAUGCAAUGCAGAUCAUUGUUACAAAGUGUUAUAAGCAGCUUUCCCUCGCAAAUUUCUCUAUAUUGAUAACUCACAUUUCGCCGCCCCAAGUUCCAUCCAAAAAGCUUUCCAUUACUACCGACAUGUCCUCCUUUGUAGGCCUCGGCCGUACCCAACUUCUCAAGCCCGUCAUAGCGCUAGCAGGAUGGACUUUUGUUCAAGAGAUCUGGAUGUACGCAACCCGCAUCCCCGCCAUCUACAAGUACCAAGUCAGCUUUGAAGAGGAUAAAGUCAAGGAAGACAAACAUACCAAGAUUCCUCUGUGGGUGCACCGCAUGGCCGACAACUAUAACAACCUACACGAGCAACCCCAGGUCUUUUACGCAGUAGCCCUCACCUUGACGCUGCUUGGAGAAGAUCACCAGUAUACUCGCCUUGCUGCUUGGGGAUAUGUGGGAAUCAGAGUUGCUCACAGUUUGUGGCACAAUCUGGUCAAUGAGCCUUUUGUACGGUUAUGUAUGUUCUCGUCCAGUUCAGUUGUCCUUGCUGGGCUCACUGCACGUGCUGCCUCGUGCCUAUUUCUUUAA